AUGUCAUUGCUUUCACCUCUUUCGCAAUGCCUCUCUUCCCUCGCCAAUCUGAAUCGCAAAUGGGGCAGCCACAGGGGUUUGGGGCAAAUUAGGGGAACAGAAAAGCCUCUAUCAGAGCGCUUGUUGGAUGUAUUUCUGCGUACAUGGGACCUGGGUUUCACAUCUUUCGGAGGACCGCCAGUACACUUCCAGAUUCUACAUGCCAGGUUCGUAGAAGGACAGGGCGCCAAGGAAAAAUGGGUGGAUGAGCAGACUUAUCAGGAACUCUUUGCUAUUUGUCAAGCCCUUCCGGGUCCCGGUAGCACAAAGAUGAUUUUCUGUCUCGCCUUAUUACAUGCCGGAUUUAUUCCUGCCCUGCUUGUGUUUUUUAUUUGGAGUCUUCCUGGCGCAAUUGGAAUGUAUGCCCUCUCACUUGGUGUGCAAAACAUGAAUGAAACUCUUCCAAACCCCGUCUACCCCCUACUUUCCGGCCUAAACGCCGCCACAGUAGGUGUUGUUGCGCUUGCGGCCGUACAGUUGGCCGAAAAAGCUAUUCGCGACAAACUAUCCCGCAUUCUUGUGAUUUUUGGUGCAUGUGCUGGUCUCUGUUACAAUGCACUAUGGUAUUUCCCCGUGCUGAUGAUGAUUGGUGGUUUACUCACAAGCAUCUGGGAUGGAUGGCUAUAUCAACAAUUUCUGAGGGCAAGAAUCGCGUGGAAAAAUAGACGUGUUGCUCCACAUGAACUGGAAGCGACAAACAGGGACCUUACAGGCAUGGAUCAUAUAACCCUGGAAGAGAAUACACGGCAAAUGAGCGAGACGAUGCGACCAAGGAGAACAGAUCAUAGAAUUGAAGGGCUACCACAUAAUAGAGUCGAUAACACAAGUCCAACGCAGCGCGCCGAAAAUCCUUCACAAGAGCACAUUAUUCGGAUUCGAGUCGGAGUUUUGGUUAUGGGUCUCUUUUUCGCUUCCUUCAUCGGGAUUCUUGUUGCCAGAGGCCAACUCGCUGCACCUCCACUGGUCCUCGACCUCUUUGCCAAUAUGUACCUUGCUGGUACAGUUAUCUUUGGUGGAGGUCCUGUUGUUAUCCCUCUUCUACGCUCCUAUGUCGUCGAUCCCGGGUGGGUCUCCAGUAGAGACUUCCUGAUCGGCCUUGCCAUCAUCCAAGCUUUUCCCGGUCCUAACUUCAACUUCGCUGUCUUCUUGGGGGCCCUAGUACUGCAGGGUUCAGGCUUCCCAACCAUCCUUGGUGCAUUUCUCGGCGGCUUCGGCAUCUUCUUUCCGGGGAUUACCCUGGCCGUUGUAUUCCAAAGCUUCUGGCGUGUCUUGCGGAAGAGGAAGUAUGUCGUUGACUUUCUGAGGGGAGUGAAUGCCACUGCAGUUGGGCUAGUAUUUACAGCGGUAUAUCGCUUGUGGGAGAUUGGAUAUUUGACCCCUGAAAGAAACGACGGACAGAGUCUGGGCAAGGAACCAUGGUGGGUGGUUGUUGCGGCGGUAACAUAUGCAGGGAAUGCAUGGUUCAGUGUGCCCCCAGCCUUAGCGAUCAUUAUGGGUGCCGUUUUAGGGUUAUACUGGUUUGGAGCUGUGGGGCGAUAG